CUGCCUCACAUUGUUAACGUUGAUUUCUCCAGUUCCAGCCAGCGUUUGUCUUCCGUGAGCCAAACCCGGGUCACUACCUUCCACAAAACGCCUGAAACCUUGACUUCGUUUGCAGCGGGGCACAAACCGGCAAACCCAGCUCUCACCGGCCGGCUGUGUCUCUUCCACAUGCUACAGGAAGCCCGAGCUAUGAGGAGGAUCGGCCCCGGCCAGAGGCUGCCGCUGGUCAGGAUGCUGUGAGCAGCCGGGGUUCCCUUCAGAGAAGCCCAACGCCUGGACAUCAUGACUGUUUUCAACCCGGACAAUGUGGAGGAAUUUUAUGAAAUAGGAGACGAGCUGGGGAGCGGUCAGUUUGCCGUGGUCAGAAGAUGUCGGCACAGGAGAACAGGUGUGGAGUACGCAGCCAAAUUCAUCAAGAAGCGACGCAACAAAUCAAGUCGCCGCGGGGUGACAAGGGAAGACAUCGAGCGAGAGGUAAACAUCCUGAAGGAGAUCCAGCACCCGAACAUCAUCACCCUGCAAGAAGUCUUUGAGAACAAAGCUGAGGUCAUCCUGAUCCUGGAACUUGUUGCUGGCGGCGAGCUGUUUGACUUUCUGGCAGAAAAGGAGUCUUUGAGUGAAGAGGAGGCCACUCAGUUCCUCAAACAGAUCCUGGAUGGAGUCCUCUACCUGCACUCCAAACAGAUUGCUCACUUUGACCUUAAGCCGGAGAACAUCAUGCUGCUGAACCGUUCAGUGCCUCACCCGCGCAUCAAGCUCAUCGACUUUGGACUGGCACACAAGAUAGACUUUGGAAAUGAUUUUAAAAACAUUUUUGGGACUCCUGAGUUCGUAGCUCCAGAAGUAGUCAACUAUGAACCUUUAGGCCUGGAGGCAGACAUGUGGAGUAUCGGGGUUAUAACAUACAUUCUUCUGAGUGGCGCCUCCCCCUUCCUGGGUGACAAUAAGCAGGAGACCCUGGCCAACGUGUCGGCCGUGGACUACACUUUUGAUGAAGAGUUCUUCAGCAACACAAGCACUCUGGCCAAAGACUUCAUAAAAAGGCUUCUUAUCAAAGAUCCAAAAAAGAGAAUGACCAUUCAGGACACCCUCCAGCAUCCAUGGAUCAAGCCAAAAGACACUCAGCAAGCGCUGAGCAGGAAGGAGUCAGCAGUCAAUAUGGAGAAGUUUAAAAAGUUUGCAGCUCGAAGAAAGUGGAAGCAAUCCGUCCGACUCAUCUCCUUAUGUAACCGCCUGUCCCGCUCCUUCCUGUCCAGAAGCAACAUGAGUGUGGCGCGCAGCGAUGACACGCUGGAUGAGGAGGACUCCUUUGUGAUGAAGGCCAUCAUCCACGCCAUAAAUGACGACAACGUUCCGGGGCUGCAGCAUCUGCUCGGCUCAUUGAACAGUUACGACGUCAACCAGCCCAACAAGCAUGGGACACCGCCGCUCCUUAUUGCAGCAGGCUGUGGCAACAUUCAGAUCAUCGAGGUGUUGAUGAGGAAAGGUGCCGAAAUCCAGGCUAAUGACAAGAGCGGAGCCAACGCUAUCUACUACGCAGCCAGACACGGCCAUGUGGGGACCCUGAAAUUCCUCCAUGAAAAGAAAUGCCCUCUGGAUGUCCAAGAUAAGUCUGGAGAAACGGCUCUUCAUGUCGCUGCUCGCUAUGGCAACGUCGAUGUGGUCAGCUAUCUGUGCAGCAUCCGGGCCAACCCAGACCUGACAGACCGGGAGCAGGAGACACCGCUCCACUGUGCAGCUUGGCAUGGAUAUUCUGCUGUGGCCAGAGCGCUCUGCCAGGCAGGCUGCCAUGUGGACGCCAAGAACCGUGAAGGGGAGAGUGCGCUGCUGACGGCGUCUGCUCGGGGCUUUGUGGACAUCGUGGAGUGCUUGGUGGAGCACAUGGCUGACCUUGAGGCCACAGACAAGGACGGACACACAGCUCUCCACCUGGCCGUACGUAGGUGUCAGGUAGAAGUGGUCCGCUGCCUCCUCAGACAACGCUGCAAUCUGGACCGACAGGAUCGCCAUGGCAACACGCCCCUCCACAUCGCCUGCAAGGAUGGAAAUCUGGCUAUCGUCACGGCGAUGUGCAACGCCAAGGCAAGCCUCGACCUGCCCAACAAGUAUGGUAAAACACCUCUUCACCUGGCCGCUGGAAACGGGAGCCUUGAGGUUGUCCGCCACCUCUGCCUGGCCGGAGCUAACAUCGACACCGUCACUAACGAAGGAAAGACGGCAGAGGAUUUAGCUUCAACUGAUCAUCAUGAGCACAUAGUGGAUUUACUGGGAAAGCUUAAAAAGGACAACCACAAACUGAGCUACAUCCAGCAGCUGCGUCCCACUCAGACCAUCCAACCCAGGAUCAAACUGAAGCUGUUUGGACACUCUGGAGCUGGAAAGAGCACCCUGCUGGAGUCUCUGAAAUGUGGCAUCCUGCGCAGCUUCUUCAGGAGGAGGAGGACGUCUCGUAUGACAAACGCGGCCCGACACCCCAACUCCCCCAUCAACUCCAAACCUGCAGUCUCUGUGAGCAUCUCCAACUUAUAUCCUGGCUGUGAGAACGUAAGCGUCCGCAGUCGCAGCAUGAUGUUUGAACCUAGCCUGACCAAAGGCGUCCUGGAGGUCUUCACCCCCGUCCACAAUGCCUUGUCCACAGCAGACGAGCAGGCCACCAAGGCCAUCGACAUCCAGCAUGCCAACAUCCACGGUGUAGGGGAUUUCAGCAUAUGGGAGUUCUCAGGAAACCCUGUCUACCACUGCUCCUAUGACUACUUUGCAGCCAAUGACGCCACAGCGAUCCACCUGGUCUUAUUCAGCCUGGAGGAGCUGUACGAGACCCAGCUGGGCCACAUCACGUACUGGCUGAACCUGCUGAAGGCCCUCACCCCACCCCAGGACCACAUCGUGUUUGGAGGUCGGAUCCAGCAGCCCCUUUCGGUCGUCCUGGUGGCGACGCAUGCCGACUUGGCUGACAUCACCAGAGCGUUCUCUGGCGAGUUCAGUUACGAUAAAGAGAAAGCGCUGCUCAAGGAAGUCAGAAACCGCUUUGGUAAUGAUCUGCAGAUCAGUGACAAACUGUUUGUGAUGGACGCCGGAGCAUCGAACUCCAAAGACUUGAAGCUGCUGAGGAGCCACCUGCAGGAGCUUCGGACCAACAUCAUCUCUAGUUGCAGUCCAAUGACGCAGCUGUCGGAGCGCCUGCUGGCCGCCCUGCCGUCCUGGAGGAAGCUGAGCGGACCCAACCAGCUCACAUCGUGGCAGCAGUUUGUCAACGACGUCCAGGAGCAGCUCAACCCGCUGGUCAGCCAGGAUCACCUGCGAACACUGGCCAUGCAGCUGCACAGCAUGGGGGAGAUCAACAUCAUGCAGAGUGAGACGGUGCAGGACGUCGUCAUCCUCGAGCCUCGCUGGCUGUGCACAAACAUCCUCGGUAAACUGCUCUCUGUGGAAACCCCGAAGGCCAUCCAUCACUACAGGGGGCGCUACAGGUUGGAGGAGGUGCAGGCUCUGGCCCCUGAAAGCGAUGUGGAGGAGCUGCUGCAGAUCCUGGACGCCAUGGACGUGUGCGCCCGUGACGUCACCAACCCGUCCAUGGUGGAUGUUCCCGCCCUGAUCAAGACGAACGGCCUCCACCGCUCCUGGACCGAGGAGGAGGAUGAGGAUUCGCUGAUCUACGGCGGGGUUAGGCUCGUCCCCGCCGAGCACCUCACUCCGUUCCCCUGUGGGUUGUUUCACAAGCUGCAGGUGAACCUGUGUCGCUGGAGCCACCAGCAGAAACCUGAGGAAGAAGGUGGGGAGGAGUUGGACGGAGACAUCCACCUUUGGACCAACGGAGCCAAAGUGAGCCAAGCAGGGGUGGAGGCCAUGAUACUGCUGGUCAACCACGGGCAGGGCGUGGAGAUCCAGGUGCGCGGACCUGACACAGAGCGGGCCAAGUGCUACACCCUGCUGGACACCAUCUGUAGUAUAACAGAGAACCUUCUGGCCUCCACGCUGCCUGGACUGCUCACAGCCAAAUACUACCUGAGCCCUCAGCAGCUGCGGGAGCACCAUGCCCCCAUCAUGGUCUACCAACCCAAAGAUUUCUGCCGCGCUCAGAUCCAGAGGGAAACUUCACUCACCAACACCAUGGGCGGCUACAGGGAGAGCUUUAGCAGCAUCCUGGUGUUUGGCUGCGCUGAGGUUUACCAGCUGGGGACUCUGGGGAUGGACAUCCACAUCUCCGACGUGCCCUUGCUGGCUCGCAGGAAGCUGUGCCGCAUGCUGGAUCCCCCCGAUGCAUUGGGGAAGGACUGGUGCCUGCUGGCCAUGAACCUCGGACUCACUGAUUUGGUGGCCAAACACAGCAACGGGACUCCAAACGGCACGCCGGACUCAGACUCCCAGCGGGCUGAGCUGCAGCCCAGCCCAACCGCAGCGCUGCUGCGAGAGUGGAGCAGCAGAACCAGCAGCACGGUGGGCGUGCUGAUGACUAAACUAAGGGAGCUAGGACGCAGAGAUGCAGCCGACUUCCUGCUGAAAGCCUCUCCUGUGUUUAAGGUCAAUAUGGAGGCUCUGAAUGGGGCCCCUAAUGGAUAUCCCCCUACCUGCAACGGUGGCACAUCAUACAACUCAAUCAGCUCUGUCAUAUCCCGCUGACGAUUUGCGCAGCUUCCUCACCAAACGUCAGUCUGAAGCGCCCAACCUCUGCUUGAACGGCACAGACUCAGGCCUGAGUAUAAAAGUGCAAUCAUUAGUCCAGCUGCUCGCUCUUUACUAGUUGUUAGAUCCAGAUGUUACAUUUGUGAUCUCCACAUCUGUACAGCAGACCUUUCUCUAUUAAUGUCUUCGAAUCCCCAAAGAGGAAUCCUGUGCUUUUAAUCUUGCAGCGCUGCUUAAUACUAUUCCUCCUACUCUGCUGCACACAAAGUUAAAAUAGGAAAAACUAAACCUUGAAAUCUCCACAUGAAGAAGUGCUGGAGUUUCUAAAAAGUUGGCAGCAGGAUGUUUUUGGACCUCUUUCAUAUCCACCCCCAAAGUUUAGAACUAGAUCUGUGUGUGUCAGUGUUUUUAGUAGGAGGCUGCCAUCUCUUUUACAUUUAAGGUUUUCCCUCCUUUUACUUUUUUUUGUUUGUUUGUUUAUCUUGGUGUCUAAUUAAUAAAUUAAGAGCAUUUUUAAGAGUGCCUUCGGGGCCUUCUACCUCCCUAAAAGCACAAACGGUCUUAUUGUUGCGACUGUGGUUCUUUUUAAACAUCUGAAGAACUGUGCCUUGUUCAAACUAAAUACCAGAAAAGAAUUCAAAAAAGUUCAACAUUUAAAGGUUGCAUGUUUAGUUUAAAAACAUGAAACUCUGCUUAUGAUAAAAGGCCUUGAAGUUUAGAUCUUAUCGGGGGGGAGGGGUCGGACCAACCAAAAUGAUUCAGAUUAAGGAUUCAGCCCUGGUGUAAGGUUUAUCGGACGUCACCAAUGCAGAUUAAAUGUAUUCAAGAAUAAACUUGUCUCAGACCAAUACCUUAUGAAAGGAAAUUCUUGUACAUGCAGUAAAAGGACUCAUUUUGCAUCAGUAUUUAAUGUUCCACUUUAGUAUUUUACUUCCUCGCGCUGAUCUUCCACGUAUGUUAGCCGUUUUCAUCUGGCGCCAUGAAAAUCCAGUCCAAACCAGCUCAUAAUCUGCUGCCCAGAUAGCUGAUAUAUUAUGUUAUAUUAUUGGAAACAUUUUCUGCUGCUUUUAACAAGUUCACAUCUCACUGCUGCUAAAAAUGGUUAAUCCAUAGCAGUUGGCUAAAAUGCUAGGCUAACGCUAACAUGUUUACUCUGUUUUGAUAGGACUCAUAUAUUUGUUUUUAUCUAUAUUUUACUGUUGCUGGUUGAUCCUCAUACGAUGUAAUAACUGCUUUUUCAGCUGCUUUCAGGAUAAACGGGGGGAAAUCUGAGAAUAGCGGGCAGCGAGUUACAUCAGCCAAUCGUCUCUUUAACUAUUAAUGUUAUGGCGGUUAAAAAACCCCAUCACAGAUUCAUGAAAUCUAUAUCCACCAUGCCGUUUUGCAAGCUUUGCUCAUAAACUGAAGCAGCUCAUCUCAUUGAGGCCAUGUUUCAUGUAGAACCACUGAUGGUUAACAGUCAGUAGGUUCUGGAAGCAGAGUUUAAUUCGGACAUAGAUCACUAAGACAUGCUUGGAUCGGGACAUCUCUAAUAUCGAUUUUGGGUGAUGCCUUUUUACAGGUCCCAUAAUUUUCUUGCCUUUGUACUUUAAUCACAAAAUCCCUGAACAAAAAGUUUCUUUAACUUUACCCUCACAGUUGAAAUAAUGAACAAUAAUUGUAUUUUUCUUCAUUUUUGGCACCAUCCUCUACUGUUACUGUCACUGAUUAUUUUUAAGCUGCUUUAACAACUGAUAUUUGGUCAUUAUGUUACAGUCUGGUUGUGUUUUAUUAUCUUUUGUUGCUAAAUUCAGUAUUUGAACAGAACAAUAGUAUGAGGUAAAACAUUUUUUUACCGAGGAUUAGAAAUAUGAAUAUCUUCAGUUAAAGAUAUUUUAAAUCUGAACCAACAGAUAAUUUUCCUCAUGUUUUCAGCUAAUAUGUCACUAAAACCUUCGUGGGAAGAAUAAACCAAAUAUUCUGAUGUUCUCUAUGUUUUGCUGUUAUGCAGGUGAGGAUGGGUUGCAGUUUCUUGGUCGCAGUUUUGAUUUCCUCCUCUAGGUGUCAGCAAACUCAACCCCAGGGGUCUAUUGUUUACAGCAUGAACUGGGACCAAAUUAGAGCUGGGUGGUGGGCUGGUCUUUACAAUCUAUAAGGAAGUUCUGGGACCUGUAAAAAUAAAUAAAGCUAUUCCUAAAAAUGUUGUUCAUUUUGACAAAAGGAACUAUGGCCAUUUUCUCCAACAAAAGAACAACAUUUGGAACUUUUCCCCACAUAAUUAUAGGGUCUUAUGGAGUGCUGUUGAUUGAAAUUGACUAAAUUGUUCUUGUCAAAUGCUACAAACAUCAAAAAUCAUCAUGGCAGACAGGGUGGAGUCAAGCUUCUUAUUCAUCCUAAUGAAUUUUAAUAGGAAGUGCCGUAAAAAAGUAAAAAAAAAAUACAAGAUAAGCUCGAUUUGUUUCUUUGUUUGUAGUUUAGAAAAUGUUUCCUUCUUUGCUGUUAAGUAACUGGGCAGCUUGUCACAGUCGGCUCUGAUGCUUAAGCUUACCGUCCGCAGUGUCAGGUGUUUUCCUUUUUGCACAGUGGCGUUGACGCCACCUUCUAUCAAACUGAAUUUGAGCUUCUGUUUGCAUCGCUGCGGGUUUAUAGCCAGCCACGCGUCGCUUCACAUUUUCUUUCACUUUGCCUUUUUACACCAUGUUCAUAAAAAAGCCAAAGUGAUGGAAUGAAAGUCGGUGGGAAACGUUUACUGAAGGCAGGAAUGUCUCUUUAUGUGAGCAGGUUUUCGUGAAGUUCAUGCUAUUCUAAUAAAACAGGAAAUAUCGUGUCUUUCAGAGCGUCUAUUCUGAGUAUUUUAAUCCCAAGAGGUUUAUAGAAUUUUGUUUUCUAGGAGUUGUUCAAUAAGAGCUUCAGUAUUUCCUGUUUCUCACUUCCUCCAGUGUUCACCAACUCAACCUUUUAAGGUUGGUUUCUAUCAGCUCCAACUUGCCAGUAAACGCAGCAGACCUCUCCUAUUUAUGGCUCAAACAUAGAGAGGCAAAAUGAAUGUUGAGGAGGGAAUAUCUAAAAAAGACUCCAUGUGUAUAAAUCAUGGUGGAAUAAAACCACCCAAGCUGUUUUGGUGUCCAGGGUUUUCUUGUGCUGUCAUUGCCAACGCUGUGUGCCUGAAACGCACUGCUUUAACCUUGUGUCGUUGCCUUGUAUAGAUCAUAGGGAAGGGAUGUUUUUCGGGGGGGAAGGGGAGAAAAAUGUUUGCCUUUUUCGUCUUGUUUCAGAGAAAACGCAGCACCCCAUGUUUUUAAGAACUGAGAUUUAACCGAAGGGUUUGGAUUUGACGGACAGCUGAAGAUGGUUUCUGUUUGAUGGAGAUUUUGGUCUGAUCGCCACAUUGCACAUUGUCUUUUUGUCCCUAUUUAUGUUCUGUUCUUAUAGCAUGUCUGAGAAUGCCAUGUUCUUAUUACUUCUGACGCUUUAUGGUGUAAUACAUUUUAUAAUAAAUUCUUUAUUACCUUU